GGAAUAUUAACAAAUAUGGCAUUGAGGGAAAUACACUGAAAUGGAUAGAAAACUUUCUUGGCGGAAGAAGACCGAAGAUCAACAGCAAUACUCAUGGUCACCUUCUCAGCACUUCAAUGAAGAAAAAUUCUCUCCUGCCCUUAGGAGCAGCAUGAAAGGAUUAUCUGGUAGCAGGAAUCAAUCACAGUUAUGCUCUGGUCAUACAUGUGGUCUUGCAUCGCCUGAAGACUGUGAGCAUGUUCAUGAUCAUGUACACCAUGGGCAGGAACAAAGGCAAUCAUAUCUUCUUAGUCCUACGGAGAGUUGUCCAAUGGAUCACCACCGGUGCUCUCCACGAAGCUCCAUCCAUUCAGAAUGCAUGAUGAUGCCUGUUAUGAUGAGUGAUCAUAUGUCAAGUAGCACCUUUCCCAGAAUGCACUAUAGCUCACAUUUCGAUACCACACGAGAUGACUGUGCUGUGUCACACACUAGUAGCAGUAAAAUCAAUAGAAUACCAGCAAACUUGUUGGAUCAAUUUGAGAAGCAGCUUCCUCUACACAGGGAUGGUUUUCAUACGUUACAGUAUCAGAAGACAUCCACAGCAACUGAGCAAAGAACUGAGAGUCCAGGGAGAAUACGUCAUCUUGUUCAUUCAGUUCAAAAACUUUUCACUAAGUCUCACUCUUUGGAAGGUUCAUCAAAAGGAAAUGUAAAUGGUACAAAGGGAGAUAGUCGAAGUGAAGAUCAUCAUCAUGGUCAUUAUUCAAAACAUAGCAAAAGGAGUAAAAGUAAAGACCGAAAGCCUGACAGCAAGCAUAAAUCUGGGAUGACAGGUUGGUGGAGCUCAGAUGAUAAUUUGGACAGUGAUAGCACUUAUCGAACACCCAGUGUUAUGAAUAGACAUCAUGUUGAUCAUAUAUCUCAUUGCUACCCUGAAGCUCUUCAGGGUCACUUAGGGGAUCUUUCUCUUAAGACUUCUAAAAGUAACAAUGACAUGAAAUGUUCUGCUUGUGAAGGGUUAUCAAUGACACCUGAAGGUAAAUACAUGAAAAGGAGUUCGUGGUCUACACUAACCGUAAGCCAAGCUAAAGAAGCGUAUCGCAAAUCUUCGCUUAACCUGGAUAAGCCUCUAAUCCAUCAGGAAAUUAAAUCUUCUUUGAGACCAUGCCAUUACCUCCAGGUGCCUCAAGAUGAAUGGGGAGGGUAUCCAUCAGACAGUAAAGAUGAGGAGAUUCCCUGUCGAAGAAUGAGGAGUGGUAGUUACAUAAAAGCCAUGGAAGAAGAUAGUGGAGAUUCGGAUACAAGCCCUAAAACAUCACCCAAGAUGUCAGCACGGCCUGAGCCAUUACUGAAAUCUAUAGUACAGAGAUCUCAUGGAGAGGUACAAAACCAGAGCUAUCUACAAGCUGCUAGCGAAAUGGCUGCUGGACAUGUCCUGGACCCAUCAGGGAAAUAUAAUUCUCCUAAAUUCCGUUCUCGGAAUCAGAGCUACAUGAGAGCUGUCAGCACACUCAGCCAGGCCAGCUGCGUCAGUCAGGAUUUCCUCAUUGAAAGUCUGCAAGAAUGCUUUACCUCAAAGGAUUACCCUGAGAUCAAGAUGAGCGAAACCGAGAUAAAUGGGCAGUAUGAAUCAGUUUGUGAGUCAGUGUUUAGUGAAGUUGAUGCUCAUGCUAUGGAUGCUUUAGAUCUCCAGGGAUGCUUUCGGACAAGAAGCCACAGUUACCUGAGAGCUAUACAGGCUGGUUAUUCCCAGGAUGAUGAUAGUGUUCCUGUUAUUACAUCUUCCAAUGUCACUUCGAGUACGAGGACAACAACAGCUGUUUCAUAUACAAAUUACAAAAAAACACCACCACCUGUUCCCCCACGUACCACCUCCAAACCACUAAUCUCAGUGACAGCACAAAGCAGCACAGAAUCCACCCAGGAUGCCUACCAUGACAGCCGGACUCAAAGGAUAUCCCCAUGGCCUCACGAUGGCCGGGGCUUAUACAACUCCACCGAUAGUUUGGAUAGCAACAAGGCCAUGAAUCUUGCCCUGGAAUCUGCUGCAGCACAGCGCCAUGCCUCCGAAAGCAAGAUCAGCUCUGUCCGAAGCACCAGUGACAAGGCUGUUCUAGUGAAAAAAUCAGAUGACUUCCUUAAGAAGCGACGCUCCUCAAUUGGGAUUCAGGUAGAAGCAGCAGACUCUGACACAGAGAGUAAAGGACCUCGUGAAUAUCAUUCUGUGGGGAUUCAGGUGGAAGAUGAAAAACGACAGGGGCGUUUUAAACGCUCCAACAGUGUUACUGCAGCUGUGCAAGCUGACCUUGAGUUAGAAGGAUUUCCAGGACACAUCACAAUGGAGGACAAAGGCUUACAAUUUGGAUCUUCUUUUCAGAGACAUUCGGAGCCUAGCACUCCAACUCAGUAUGGUGCUGUAAGAACAGUACGGACUCAGGGCUUGUUUAGUUAUAGAGAAGAUUAUAGGACACCGGUUGACACAUCAAAUCUACCACCACCAGAUCCAUGGCUAGAACCUGCUCAUGAAACAGUAGAUUCUGGUAGAAUAUCUCCUAGUCGACAGGAUGGUACAUGGUUUAUGAAGCUGCUCCAUGCAGAAACAAAAAGAAUGGAAGAAUGGUGCAAAGAUAUGGAAAGAGAAGCAGAGGAAAAUGACCUUUCAGAGGAAAAUCUAGGUAAGAUCCGGAGUGCAGUUGGUAGUGCUCAGCUACUUAUGUCUCAGAAGUUCCAGCAAUUUUACUGGCUUUGUCAGCAGAACCUGGAUCCAAGUGCCAUGCCGAGGCCCACUUCACAAGACCUAGCAGGAUUCUGGGAUCUGUUACAGCUCUCUAUUGAAGAUGUUAGCAUGAAGUUUGAUAAAUUACAUCAGUUAAAAAGUAAUGAUUGGAAAGCAAUUGAUUCUCCAGAAAAAAAAGAUGAUAAGAAACCCCCACCUCCAAUACCAAAGAAACCUUCCAGGGGGAAAUUCCCCAUCAUGCGAGAAAAAUCUCUUGACCUGCCUGACCGACAGAGACAGGAAGCCAGGAGGCGUCUGAUGGCUGCAAAGAGAGCAGCAUCAUUUCGACAAAAUUCAGCUAGUGAGCGCGCAGACAGCAUUGAAAUCUAUAUACCUGAAGCUCAAACCCGGCUAUAAUUAAACAGUUCUCAAACACAACAUGCUUGUACGGUUUGUAGCACACCUGGUCUUUUAAUCUCAACCUCCCUACUGAAUCCACCCUCGUUAUUGUGCUCUAUGUGCCAUAAGCGCAGUGGAAUGCUUUCUUUUUCUUUUCUUUUUUAAUUUCCUCAGAGUUUGCUAAACUCAUUGCAAAAACAACUUAUUUUGUAAACCAUGCCUGACUUCAAAUCAGCUACAUGCAUAGGGCUUGUUGAGACCUAACUUUUUCCAACAUGUUCUCAGAGGACAACGUGAAAAACCUCUCAAGAUGGAACCCAGCGUAAAAUCUUGGUUAUUUCUAUUUUUAUAAAAAUAAUGCGAUCAUUGGAAAUAAGAAUCUAAAACAAACAUGAAAAAACUAAAUGGGUACAUCUCACCACUCACUAGAGGCAUUAGUUAUUCCAAGUAGAAGGUGCUACAAAUUUGAAGUGCAGGAAAGGAAGAAAGUGUUGCUCUCUGACCUCCGUGUUCUUUAGUUUAAACUUAGCUGAAAAAGGUACCAUGGCUUCUCCUCUCUAGCACUGCUGACUUGCAUUAGGCAAUCUCAUCUCUACCCUCUCGAUGUGGAUCUCCAAUCAGUAAAUGUCCAAAGCAUUUGGUUCCUCAAACCAAAAGCCAAUAUGUGGUUUGGCCAUCAGUGGAAUCCUAUUGGCUGGACCACAACCCAUUCUUUACCUUAGAUGCUUGAUCUCAAUGCAAGAUGACAUGUAGAGGGGAUAUAGUCGAUGGAGAAAAAGUGAAUGCCUUAAAAAAGAAGAUCUUUUGUUACCAGAUAUGUGGAUUGAAAAGUAUUCAUCCUUCCGAGGACCGUUCAUUUAUGUUUACAUUUUAUUCUUUAUUUAUUUUUUAAGAGCCGAUGAUUUAAAUGGUUUGCUAUUUAUGCUAUCUACUCACACAGAAGCUAUAGUUAUUAUGUUGACAGGGCAUCCUUUAAAAAAAAAUUAUGAAUGUUUGCUGUUUAAAAUGCCGGUUGUGAUGUGAUAACCAAUUUAAAAAUAAUGAAUAUAAGUGGUAACUAUAUCUCAGUUUAAAUGUUUUUUUUAAAGGUAGAGUAAUGGUGAAAUGUGGUUUAUGUUUGUAUUUAUUUCUUCAAUUAUUUUUGCUUAAACAGACUCUUUGCUUAGGCUUAUAUAGCACCCAUCUAUUAUUUUAAUGCACCAUAAAAAACGGCGAGUUGAAGACACAUGCACUUGAAUAAUGUAGAAAAAAAGUAGCAUAUUCGUAAUAAAUCUAUAACUACCAAUAUGCAAAACCUCAAGAGGAACCAUUUAACCUCAGAGUUAAUAUCUGCAUUAAAAUCCAUGUGUUUUCUCUUGUGAACUAUUUCCAUAGCUAGUUAAAAGAAAGGGCUCAUUUUACACCCCGGUUUUGCAUCAGGGAAAUACAUCCCUGGAGUUAUUUACCUCUUUUCAGCUACAUGGCUGGCACUUCUCCUCCAAAGUCUGAAGGUAAUUCAUUGUAAAGGCCCCAGGUUACUAAAAAUGUCCC